AUGAAUUCCGAGCCGGCGAGCCGGGCGUGGUGGUGCUUCGCCCGGAGGCGCUGGCGCGCGACUCGGGCUCCGAGUCGGAUGGCAGAGGGGGAGGGGGUUGAUGGGGUGGGGCGGCCGCCGUCACCGCUCGCCGUGCGCUUCGUCAACGACAACGUACUCAUCAACGGACGCUCCUCCAUGCCCACCAGACCCAACAGGCAGCGCAUCGCCAAUUUGAAGCUGCAAUUCGACGAUUCACUAACGCGCACGUUCGAGUACCCGUCGGAGACGUCCCUGUGCGAAGAGUCGCCGUCCUCUGAUACCGCUGUCGCUACCUCUCCCGCUACCUGCACCGCUACCUCUCCCGCUACCGCUACCACGCCCACUACCGGCACGCUCGCCGCCAACACGCACCUCGUGUCCGGAUCGCUGGGUCGCUACACGCCGAGUAAGACACACGCAGAUUCCUUCCAGCUCGGCCUCACAAGGCCUCACGCCGAAACGGAGCAGUCGGAGCAGAGUAAGGCGGACGCUGUCGUGGAGGCCGAGGCACAAGCUCAAGCAGAAGCGGAAGCCGAGGCGGAGGCGGGCGACGCGCGCCCGUGCGCCGCGCACGCCGCGCGCUCCUGGAGCGACGCGCGCGCGCUCUCCACCGACCUGCUGUUCUAG